AUGGUUGUAUCUCAAACCGAAAUAUUAAAGCCUAUAUUUAAAGCGUAUAACCUAGCAAAAACUUCUGAUAAAAAUGGGAAAGCCCUUUACGUUCAGGCUAAAACGUUGGCGGAGCAAAACGAUCCUGAAAUUGACGUAAGCAAAACAGAUCAGAUAUUUCUUUUUAUUUUGAUGGCAGUUAAACAUGAACCGGAUUUAUUCUCAGAUACUGCGAACUCUUCAGAAUGGGAUUACAUCGUGAAGUUUUGGGGCCCGAUUACGCAACGAUUAUUUUACUUCAGUGGUUUACGCUUGAAAUGGGGUGAUAUGCAUUUAACGCUGCAUGACACAAUUGGUGAUAUGGUGCUCAAAGUUGAUCUUUGUAUUAUACAUGACAGUAUGAAGCAGAGGUACAACGUCGAGAAUGAAAUUGGAGUUAUUGAGGCAGCUGAAGAGAAUCCAGGAAGUAUAAAGUUUAAUUCUGAUCAAUGCAAGGUUUUAAUUGAGAGCAAAGCGAUUGUUGGCAGAUUUAUUUUGAAUAGCUGUCACAUUGAUAAUGUUAAUUCACUGCAAAUCUGUGGGAUGGAGAUUUAUUUUAUUAAACUUGAACUUCGAGACAAUGUAGUCGAUGCUUCAUUGAACUCACUUGAAAAAUACAAGGAACUUGCAUUCAAUUUAUUGUGUUUUAAAGAUCAAUGUAUUGAAAUCUAUAAUAUCCACAAAAAUCAUCUCAUAUCAUCCCGUGGUCAACAAAAGUCCACGAAAAGUCGAGCUCCUCGUCCAAUUGAUGAUGAAGUGUCUACAAAGCAAACUUGGAUUCGUGGUUCGUGGAACCCUCCUCGCUGUUAUAGAACAAGCUCUGGAUAUAAGCAUAAGUAA